CCAUAAAACUCCAACUGUCACCGCUCAUUUACUCAGUUUCUUUUGCUGCACACGCCCUUCCACUCUGUCUGCUCUGGUUUAUCAUCAAGAAAGACGGUGUAUUUUCCAUUUCUGUGCCGGUGUGUGUGUCUGUUUGCCUCGGUUUCAUACCAUUUCGACCUAAAACGCGUGCGCGUACGCGUUCAAUCCGGCCCAUAAUACACAAGCUAUACUAUCCCAUUUUACACGUCCAAACGUCCAUUCCUUCUCUCCUGAGCAGUAUAUACACGAGGAUUGGACACGAUGAGCACGCCGGAAUACUCAGCAAGCGCUAAGUCGCGUUUCGACAUCACCAACUUGACCACUGAUCCGUUCGUGGUUGCGACGUGGUCUGUUGCGAUGAUCUCGUGGGUGAUCGCAUUCAUCGGCUCCAUAGUGGCCAACAUUGAGGGGUCGUUUCCAAGGUUCACCUGGUGGGGGCUGGUAUUCCAGCUGUUGAUGCUGGUGUUCCUGCCCGCUGUGUACUGCUUCGAUGUUGUGGAAUGGUACAGGCUGUUCCUCACCUGUGGGUAUUCAAUAGCGUUCAUCUACACGACGAACUCCGCAACGAACUUAGUAUGGUCUGGUGGCUCAGCUACAGGCGCAGCCUCUGCAGGCGUGAUUUUACUGUCGAUGGUUAACCUGAUCUGGGUGUUCUACUACGGGUCUGAUAACGCCUCGCCAAUCAACCAAUGGAUCGAUUCCUUCUCGCUGAGAGGACCAAAACGGUCCUCUGUAAGCCCAUUCCACAGUUCAAGACCAAUCUCUCCUGAUAAGUACUCGAGCUCUGAGAAUGACGAGUUCAAACACUCGAGCUGGAACAAUCAGAGAUACAUGUCUUCUACAGCGCUGAACGGACUGGAAAACGUGAGUCAAGGUGAUACCCUUGAAACCACACCCUUUAACUCGCCAGAUCACGACGGGUUGGGUACGAACAUCACUGCAGGAGGUACGAACAUCACAAUUGAUGAAUUCCCAUACACUGCUAGGGCUUUGUACAACUACCAAAAGAGUCCAGACGAUGAAAAUGAAAUCUCUUUUGAAAAGGACGAAAUACUCAAAGUCAACGAUAUCCAUAGCAGAUGGUGGCAGGCAAAGAGAGCAAACGGUGAAAUUGGUAUCUGUCCAAGCAAUUACGUUGAACUUAUCGAAUAGCUUUGCUUGGAAUGUCUGUGCUUUCUUUUUCUGUGCCAGUGAUGCCUUAUUGUAAUAACCACCUUCCUUUUCCCCCAUCUUCAACACUUUCCUUUGACGUUUUAUUCCAUACAAGUUCAAAUUCUAUGACAAGUUACAAUCUUUAGUUUUUGAGUAAUACAGAUCUCAAUAAAAUGGGGUCCAUCCCAUAUAGAUA